AUGGCACAUAAAAUUGUUUUGUCUCUCCUCCCUUUUGUCCUGCUUCUGUUGAUAAAUGGACAUGAAAGCUAUGCUAGAUAUAUCAAAUUUCAGCAAGAGAGUGUAGAAGAAAAACAAGUUGAUCAGCCUUAUCUUGAUGGUUGGGUUAAAAAUUCAUUGAAGAAUCAAAAACUCAAUCCUAACUCUAAUCAAGUUUAUCUUGAUGGAUGGCUGAAAGAUACCCGAUCGGAGAGAGAUAAAUCCAUCUCUGACUCCAAUCAAGUUUACCUUGAUGGGUGGUUGAAAGAUAUCCAAGCAGAGAAAGUAAAAUCUACCACUGACUCCAACCAAGUUUACCUUGAUGGAUGGUUGAAAGAUACCCGAGUUGAGAAAGCAAAAUCUACAAUUGAUUCCGACCUAGUUUAUAUUGAUGGAUGGUUGAAAGAUAUCAGAGCUGAGAAAGUAAAGUCUAUGCCUAACUCUAACCAAGUUUACCUUGAUGGAUGGUUGAAAGAUACUCGAGCAAAGAAAGCAAAAUCCACCUCUGACUCCAACCAAGUUUACCUUGAUGGAUGGUUGAAAGAUACCCGAGCAGAAAAAGAAAAAUCCACAUCUGACUCCAAACAAGUUUACCUUGAUGGAUGGUUGAAAGAUACCCGAGCACAAAAAGCAAAAUCUACCUCUGACUCCAACCAAGUUUACCUUGAUGGAUGGUUAAAAGAUACCCGAGCUGAGAAAUCAAAACCUAUCGCUGACUCCAACCAAGUUUAUCUUGAUGGAUGGUUGAAAGAUAUUCGAGCUGAGAAAUCAAAGUCCAUGCCUAAGUCUAACCAAGUUUACCUUGAUGGAUGGUUGAAAGAUACCCGAACAGAGAAAGCAAAAUCCACUUCUGACUUAAACCAAGUUUACCUUGACGGAUGGUUGAAAGAUACUCGAGCAAAGAAAGAAAAAUCCACCUCUGACUCCAACCAAGUUUACCUUGAUGGAUGGUUGAAAGAUACCCGAGCUGAGAAUGCAAAAUCUACCGCUGACUCCAACCAAGUUUAUCUUGAUGGAUGGUUGAAAAAUAUCAAAGUCGAGAAAACAAAGUUUGCGCCUAAUUCUAACCAAGUUUACCUUGAUGGAUGGUUGAAAGAUAUCCGAGAUGAGAAAGCAAAAUCCACUGCUGACUCCAACCAAGUUUACCUAGAUGGAUGGUUGAAAGACACUCGAGCAGCGAAAGUAAAAUCCACCUCUAACUCCAACCAAGUUUACCUUGAUGGAUGGUUGAAAGAUACUCGGACAGAGAAAGCAAAAUCCGCCUCUCACUCCAAUCAAAUUUACAUUGAUGGAUGGUUGAAAGAUAUCCGAGAGAAAGAAAAAUCCCCCUUGACUCCAAACUAG